AUGCUCCUCUCCGGUGGACUCCCACCUACCAUUCCCUCCUCAUCCUCUGACCCUCUCAUGAACAUCUCCUUUUGUUUCUCCUGCCCCGCCAACAUCCACAUUGUCAUCGUCCCUCUUGCAACACAUCUCGUCUCCUUACGUCUCUCCCCGCGGCCAUCCUCUGCUCCAAUUCCUCCUGUAAGCGCGUCAACUCGCUCGGCUGCCAGCACUGCCUGCACACUUGUGCACACUAGCUCAACUCCGCUUGAUCCAGCUUCGUCCAAUCGUUUAUCAAUAGCUCCCCUCACAUCUCCUACUUCUUCAUCUACUCCUGCCGACUGCACUUUCUGCACUUUAAUUUCCUCAAUCACAUCCAUCACUGCAGGCUCUGCAUCGGGCAUCAAAGCAUCCAGGCUUCUUGGCUUCUCCUCUACUACUUCCUCUUCUUCACUCACCAACUUCCACUUGUCUCCACCGUCCUCCUCUUUCACUUCCAAUCUUCUCACCAAUACCCAAGAUGUCUGUGCUCCGAUAUGCCUCCUCUCAGCCAUCACUGCCUCCUCGCUUGGCAAGCUGGACGACAUUGACCGCCGUCUAUCUGACAAUUUUGACUCCUCUUCCAUAGCCCUUGUUCUGGCCUUCGGGACUUCGAGUUCAAAGAACUUCUGA